AUGAUUUUUCAUGUUCCGCCUCUUUCAGUGGAAUCGCCGCGGGCGCGCCCUUAUCGGGAGCUGCCGCGGCCGGCCGAGCCCGCCGGCUACCACCUGCGCGACCUGGCGCGCGCCGGCGGCCCCACCCACCUGCACGAGCUGAUCCACCGUCGGCACCGGCAGCUGGGUGGCCUCUUCGUUGAGGACAUCCAGGGUACCGAGGUGGUGUUCGUGGCCGAGAGCGGGUCAAUCCGCGACGUGCUGCGCCGCGACGCCGCCUGCCCGCAGUUCCUCGUGCCGCCCGCCUGGAGCGUCUUCAACCAGCUGCACGGCUGCCAGCGCGGCCUCUUCUUCAUGACCGGGCACAGGUGGCAGCACCACCGGCGCAUCAUGAAUCGCUACCUUCUGCAGCCUAGCCCGCACCGGCACGUGGCCGCCUUCAACCAGGUGAUCAGCAGCCUGCUGCGCCGCUGGCACCACCAGAUGGGCGGCCAGGUCAGCCACACCGAGGACGAGCUGUACACCUUCAGCGUCGAGAUCAUGGCAGCGCUGCUGUUCGGCGACAGCUUCGGCUGGGUGGCCGGCGUGCCAACGGCCGCCACCGACACCCGUCGCUUCGCCGGCCUCAUGCGCGAGAUCUUCAGCAGCUCGGCGACGCUGAGCACGAUGGACGCGGCGGCGGCGGCGCAGGACGCUGCGCCAGAGUGGCGCCGCUUCGAGACGGCCGUCCAGCAGGGGCUCGACAUCUGCCGGACGUACGUGGAGCAGAAGAUCGCGGACGUUGAGCAGCACCUGGCGGCCGGGAACCCGGCGGUCGGCAUCAUCGCCGAGAUCAUGCAAAACAACGAGGACGUGACCCGAGAGGACAUCGUCCGCAUCGUGGCCGACCUCUUCCUCGCGGCCGGCGACACGACCGCGCACAGCACGCAGUGGGCGCUCUACCAGCUGGGCCGGGACCCGGCGCUGCAGCAGCGCCUUCUGGCGGAGAUCCGACAGGUGGCGCCAGCCGGUGCGCCGCAGCUGACAGCCGCCCAGAUCGACCGCGUGCCGCUCGUGAAGGCGAUCGUGAAGGAGACGCUGCGCAUGUACCCGGUGGCGCCGUUCCUCACGCGCCUCAUCCAGGCGGACACCGUCAUCGGAGGGUACCAGAUACCGGCCGGGACGCCGCUCUGCGUGUCCCUCUACACGUCCGGCCGCGACGAGCGCUACUUCGCCGAGCCGCUGUCGUUCCGGCCCGAACGUUGGCUACGGUCGCCAGCCGACCCCGCCGACCCCGCCUCCGACGCCGAGUACCACGGCAAGGACGUCGUGCACGGCUCGGUGCACGACGAGCACGGCCGGCAGCACCGGCACGCCUGCAUGCCGUUCGCGGCCGGCGUGCGCGGCUGCAUCGGCAAGCGGGUGGCCGAGCUGCAAAUGCAGCUGCUGCUGGCGCGGCUUGUACACACCUUCCGGCUGCGGGCGGAGAACGACCGGCCGGCCGCCUUCCUGAUGCGCAUGGUCGGCGUCAUGUCCGACGAGCUGCGGCUGACGCUGCGGCCGCGCCGCGACUAGGCGGCGCGCGGCCGGCGGCGUCGGCCCGCCGCGGGGUGCUGGGUCUGCUCCGGCAGAGGUCCCGGCCAGUCGAGACUGGGUCCUGAGUCGGCGCGAGGUCAUCAGCCCGGCUCACAGGCGCUGGGCCGGUCUGGGAACACUGGAGCGAUCCAGGAACACUGAACUGGUCUGGAAACACUGGGCCGGUCUGGGAACGCUGAACUGGUCUGGAAACACCGGGCCGGUCUGGGAAUACUGGAACGAUCCAGAAACACUAAACCGGUCUGGAAACACUGGGCCGGUCUGGGAACACUGGGCCGGUCUGGGAACGCUGAACUGGUCUGGGAACACCGGACCGGCCUGGGAACACUGGGACGAUCCAGAAACACUGAACUGGUCUAGGAACACUGGGCCGGUCUGGGAACACUGAGCCGGUCUGGGAAGGGCCGGUCUAGGAACACUGAACCAGUCCAGUGAUGCUGGGCUGGUCUGGGACCAUCUGUCUGGUCCAGCGAGUCCAGUCUGGUCCAGGGCCAGUCUGAUCCAGGGAUUCAGCCUGGUCCAGGUGCUAGUCUGGUCCAGGGGCCAGUCUGAUCCAGGGAUUCAGCCUAGUCCAGGUGCCAGUCUGAUCCGGGGAUUCAGCCUGGUCCAGGUGCCAGUCCGGUCCAGGGGCCAGUCUGAUCCAGGGAUUCAGCCUGGUCCAGGUGCUAGUCUGGUCCAGGGGCCAGUCUGAUCCGGGGAUUCAGCCUGGUCCAGGUGCCAGUCCGGUUCAAGUAGUCCAGCCUGAUCAGAAUCCCCUGCCGCAGUCCUUGUUCACCAGCAUGACUCGGGGCAUCAGUCUGGACCGGGGACACGAGACCUGACCGAGCAUAGUGGCGCACCGAGAGGAGAGGGACACCGCGUCCCGCUCUCACCGCAGAGACGAUCAAACAGGGUACGUGCUUUUGUUGCUGGUUGUGAGCUUCGCUGCUGCUGUCGCGCUGGCGUUGUCUGUGGCUGUUUCGUUGUUGAUUGUUGGUGGGUGUGUUUCGUACCUCGUUCUGCUGCCGAGAGCACAAAUCUCGGCUCCACCACGCCCGCACAUGUCCGGUUUCAUCAGCUGACCCGACCGCCAAGCAAUCGCCGAUGACAGGCGCCAAACACGCACCUGUGUGACCUUUUGUUUGCUCUUAAGCGUUCUAUUUUCCACUGGGACCUGUUGCCAUUGCUGGCGGACGUAAAUGGGCAUGAGCGGGCGCGGCGGGCAGACGGCUGGAAAUGGUGGUUUCAUGGAGUAUGAAUCUCUCCGCCCACUCUGCUGCAGUGGAGCACCUUGUUAUAAUUACAUCUCUGGUUCAGCGCCUGUGCGAUUCAAGCCUAACCGAUGCUU